CUCCCUCUUUCCCUACCACUACGAGCGACGUCUAGCAGGUCUACUCGCCAUGCACAGGCUCACUCGUCUUCCCCGUGUCGUGCAGCCCUUGAGCGGCUCGCGCUUCCGCUAUGGCGUCCAGGCCGUCGCCGUUGCCCGUCGUUCGCUCGCGACGGCUGCUCAGCCUCCGUCCCCCAACGACCCAUUCGCGAAUGGCACGAACACGUACUACGUCGAGGAGAUGUACAGACUCUGGCGGCAGGAUCCCAAGUCUGUCCACGCUUCGUGGGAUGUAUAUUUUUCUGGCUUGGACAAGGGCCUCCCCAGCUACAAAGCCUUUCAACCCCCUCCGAGCCUCGUCCCGACGCCCACCGAUGGUGCGCCAGCCUUGCACGCUAGUGGAGGAGCUGAAUUGGAUGAUCACCUGAAGGUGCAACUUCUUGUUCGCGCAUACCAAGUCCGCGGUCACCAUGUUGCCGACUUGGACCCGCUUGGUAUCCUCGACCCCGAUUUGAACCCUGCACAUCCUCCAGAGCUCGAAUUGAGCCGCUAUGGUUUUACGGAGCGCGACCUUGACAAGCAGAUCACCCUUGGGCCUGGUAUCCUACCCCAUUUCGCCACGGAGGAUCGGAAAACAAUGUCGCUUGGCGAGAUCAUCAAGCUCUGCAAACGCAUCUACUGUGGUGCCGUAGGUAUCCAGUACGUUCACAUCCCUGAUAAGGAGCAGUGCGACUGGAUUCGGGAGCGCGUUGAGAUCCCGAAGCCGUGGAACUACACUGUGGAGGAGAAGCGCAUGGUCCUCGACCGUCUCAUCUGGUCCGACUCGUUCGAGAGGUUCAUCGCGAGCAAGUACCCCAACGAGAAGCGUUUCGGUCUCGAAGGGUGCGAGUCCCUCAUUCCUGGUAUGAAGGCCCUCAUCGACCGCUCCGUCGAGCACGGUGUCAAGCACGUCACCAUCGGCAUGCCCCAUCGUGGUCGUCUGAACGUCCUUGCGAACGUCAUCCGGAAGCCUAUCGAGGCCAUCCUGAACGAGUUCGCCGGAACUGGCGAGGAUGACUACCCUGCUGGUGACGUCAAGUACCAUCUGGGCGCUAACUACGUUCGGCCGACGCCUUCUGGCAAGAAGGUUGCGCUGUCCCUGGUCGCUAACCCUUCUCAUCUGGAGGCAGAGGAUCCUGUCGUACUUGGUAAAACGCGCGCGCUGCAGCAUUUCGAGCAGGAUGAGCAGACGCACAACUCUGCGAUGGGUGUCCUGCUCCACGGUGACGCCGCGUUUGCCGGUCAGGGUGUCGUCUAUGAGACGAUGGGCUUCCACAACCUGCCGAACUACGGUACCGGAGGAACCAUCCAUCUUAUUGUCAACAACCAGAUCGGUUUCACGACUGAUCCUCGCUUUGCCCGUUCGACGCCCUACCCCUCGGAUAUCGCGAAGGCGAUCGACGCGCCCAUCUUCCACGUCAAUGGCGACAACGUGGAGGCGGUGAACUUCGUUUGCCAGCUCGCUGCUGAUUGGCGUGCUAAGUGGAAGAAGGACGUCGUCAUCGACAUCGUUUGCUACCGUCGCCAUGGCCACAACGAAACCGACCAGCCGAGCUUCACACAGCCGCGCAUGUACAAGGCGAUCGAGAAGCAGCCGACUACUCUGACGAAGUACACUCAAUUCCUCGUCGGUCGUGGUACCUUCACUGAGAAGGAUAUCGAGGACCACAAGAAGUGGGUGUGGGGCAUGCUCGAGACGGCUGCUGCUGGCGCGAAGGACUACGUUCCGUCCAGCAAGGAGUGGCUAUCUGCUUCUUGGCCCGGUUUCCCUUCGCCGAAGGAGCUCGCGGAAAGAACUCUUCCUACGCGCUCCACCGGCUCGGACGAAGACACGCUCAAGCACAUUGGCAAGGUGAUCUCUUCAUUCCCGAAUGGCUUCACCCCUCACCGCAACCUCGCGCGUAUCCUGACCACCCGCGGGAAGACCAUCGAGGAGGGCAAGAACAUCGAUUGGGCCACUGCUGAGGCUCUUGCAUUCGGUUCGCUCGCCCUCGAGAAGAUCCACGUGCGUCUCUCCGGUCAGGAUGUCGAGCGUGGGACGUUCUCGCAGCGCCAUGCUGUCGUCCAUGAUCAGGAGAACGAGCAGCAGUACGUGCCCCUCAACGAUCUCGGCUCGGGCCAGGCUCGCUUCGUGGUCUGCAACUCGUCCCUCUCUGAGUUUGGUUGUCUCGGUUUCGAGCUCGGCUACUCGCUCGUCUCGCCCGAUGCGCUCACCAUUUGGGAGGCACAGUUCGGUGACUUCGCGAACAACGCGCAGUGCAUCAUUGACCAGUUCAUCGCGUCUGGCGAGCGCAAGUGGCUCCAGCGCACGGGUCUCGUCAUGAGCAUGCCCCACGGAUUCGACGGCCAAGGUCCCGAGCACUCGAGCGGUCGCAUUGAGCGCUUCCUCCAGCUCUGUGACGACCACCCGCAUAUCUUUCCCUCGCCGGAGAAGAUUGAGCGUCAGCAUCAGGAUUGCAACAUGCAGAUCGUCUAUCCCACGACACCUGCGAACUACUUCCACGUCCUCCGUCGCCAGAUCCACCGUGACUUCCGCAAGCCGCUCGUCGUCUUCUUCUCGAAGUCGCUCCUCCGUCAUCCCAAGGCGCGUUCUGAGCUCCCUGAGAUGGUCGGCGACACCCACUUCCAGCGCUACCUCCCCGAGCCCCACCCGGAGAACCUGGUUGCACCUGAACAGAUCCGCCGCCAUAUCUUGUGUAGCGGCCAGGUGUACUACACGCUCCUCCAAGAGCGCGAGGACAAGGGUAUUACCGAUGUCGCCAUCUCCAGGCUUGAGCAGAUCUCGCCGUUCCCCUAUGAUCUCCUUACUCCCCAUCUUGACAAGUACCCCAACGCGGAUAUUCUCUGGUGCCAGGAGGAGCCCCUCAACAACGGCGCGUGGACUUAUGUCGGCCCCCGUAUCUUGACUGCCGCCAACGAGACCGAGCACCACAAGGGCAAGUACCCGCUCUACGCCGGUCGCGAGCCGACUAGUUCCGUCGCGACUGGUAGCAAGGCCAUCCACAAGAAGCAGAUCGAGCAAUUCCUCGCGACUGCAUUCUCCCCAUAAAUUCGUGUGUUUGCUCUGUCCGUCUCUCUUAACUCCAGACAUGUCCAUCUACAACAGGAACUAGUACUUGCAUCUAGAAAAAACGCGAUACGUAAUACUUACUCUCAUGAACUAGCUAGUAUUUAUCCUGCGGAGCUCAAGCGACGCCGCUCGUCUGAGCUGCUGCUAUAGGUGAUGAGCUUGUUGUUUUCGGAAAUUGUAUAAUGGAGGGUUUUCACAGCCCUAGACCUGAUAGCAUCCUUUUCACCUGGUCGAAGUCGGGUCGCUUUUGACGACACUUGACGCUUGCGGCUACUCGCAUGGGCGCCAGGCUUAGCUUGGCAUCGCCUUAACCAGACAUCGAAUGAGUGCGGCUAAGUUAGGACAGGGCAACGAGCAGUACGGUUUAAGAUUCGGGGCGGCAUUCGGCCUUUUGACUCCAAU